UGAAGUUAGUCUUUCUGUGUUUCAGAACUGUGCCGGUUGUGUGUAAAGUGGAAAGAAAGUAAAUUUCAUUUAAAUUUGAGUGUUUUUGGAGUUCACGAUGUCGGAUGAAAUUGCAGAGAAUGGAACUGCGAACGGAGACGUUCCAGAAAUCGAACUAAUUAUAAAGGCAUCGACCAUCGAUGGGAGGCGGAAGGGAGCGUGUCUGUUCUGUCAGGAGUACUUCAUGGACCUUUAUUUAUUGGCAGAACUCAAAACCAUCAGUCUAAAAGUGACCACAGUGGACAUGCAAAAGCCACCGCCAGACUUCCGCACCAACUUCGAAGCGACGCAUCCGCCCAUACUCAUCGACAACGGUCUCGCCAUACUGGAGAAUGAAAAGAUUGAGCGACACAUCAUGAAGUCGGUGCCUGGCGGACACAAUCUGUUCGUACAGGAUAAAGAAGUAGCAUCGCUUAUUGAAAAUCUGUAUUCAAAGCUGAAGUUGGUGCUGGUGCGCAAGGACGAGCAGAAGUCGGCGGCGCUGCGGGCGCACCUCGGCCGCAUCGACGCGCUGCUGGAGCGCAGGGGCACCAGGUACUGCUCUAUUGUAUUCAAAGCUGAAGUUGGUGCUGGUGCGCAAGGACGAGCAGAAGUCGGCGGCGCUGCGGGCGCACCUCGGCCGCAUCGACGCGCUGCUGGAGCGCAGGGGCACCAGAUUCCUAACGGGCGACACGAUGUGCUGCUUCGACUGCGAGCUGAUGCCGCGCCUACAACACAUCCGCGUCGCCGGCAAAUACUUCGUCGAUUUCGAAAUACCGACGAGUUUCCGCGCGCUCUGGCGCUACAUGUUCCACAUGUACCAGCUGGACGCCUUCACACAGAGCUGCCCCGCCGACCAGGACAUCAUCAACCACUACAAGCUGCAACAACAGUCGUCAAAGGGCUUGCUCAUGUCGCCAACGCUGACGCGGCAACGCAAAGAGGACGAUAGCGCGCCGCCCGCGACGGCGUUAAAAAUGAAGAAACACGAAGAGCUCGAGACGCCGACGUUUACAACGUCCAUCCCUAUCGACUUCAAUGACCUGAACAAUUCCGACCAGUAACGCGACAAGCGAAAACCGAACCUCGGUACAAUAGGCUUUAAGUUGAAUUUUAAUUGUUAUUUGCCAAUAGUGUUAGAGCUACUGAGAACUACAAACUUUUGGUCUAUGAAUAUAACCCCAUAGACAUAACUUGUGAUGUCAAGUCUGUGGUCUAUGGGGGUAUAUUACUUGCCACGUUUCCAGUUGGAUCCGCCUAUUUGAUUCACAGUACCGAGGAUCCUUAUGUUUAUAUUUCACAUGUUUUUGUGAUAAUGACCUUUUCCUACAAAACUGCUCUGUUUUGACAGUGGGCUAUUAUUUUUUACGUCGUACCUACGUUGUAUUGCUUUUUUUUUUGUUUUCUGAAACCUGAUAAAUCUAUAGUCUUAAAAUCAAAAAAAUACAUUCUGACAAAAGACUUUGAGGGUACUUUGGCAAAUCUUUUACCGUAUAACCAUAUCUCAAUAUACUUUAAUUUAAUGUAUAUUAUUAUUUCACUUUAUAUAUGUAAUGGCUAUUAUGACAGAAUCCUAUUUUUAAAGCAUUUUUAUUUUUAUAAAUAAUAUAAUAAUCAUGAUGUCCAAUUUAACAGUACAAGGGAUCCUUGCAAAUGGAAUAAGUACAUGUAUGACGUAACUAAAAGAUGGUCCCAAUACUGCAGUUGCAAAAACACCUAUUUUUGUAAUUUUGUAUGAUUUUGGAUGUUGUAUUAAUUAAUCUAAAAGAUUGAUUGGUCUGGUGCAAUCGAAAUUAUGUUUUAACUAUAAGUAAAUGGUAUUGUUACACUUGUAGGUGGGUAUUAUGAAACUAACUUAGUGGUAAUGACUGACUGAUCGUACAUUUCUUGUAUUUUGUUACCGUUUCGGGUACAGAUGGAAAGUUUAAAAUGAAGACAUUAAAUGAAAUAUUAAUAAUUACUUGUAAAUCAUGCGCAAUUUAUUAGCGCGUCUUAUAUGUGGGAAGAAAAAAAAGGGAGGUUCGAUUAGGCAACACUAUGCAUAUGCUAUUAGAGCCGUGAUAGCCCAGUGGAUAUGACCUCUGCUUCCGAUUACGGAGGGUGUAGGUUUGAAUCUGAUCCGGAGCAUGCACUUCCAACUUUUAUGUGCAUUUUAAGAACUUAAAUAUCACGAUAAACGGUGAAGGAAAAACAUCGUGAGGAAACCUGCAUACCUGUGAAUUUUCUCAAUUCUCUGUGUGUGCGAGGUCUGCCAAUCCGUAUUGGGCCAGAGUGGUUGACCAUUGGCCUAACUCCUCUCAUUUUUAGAGGAGAUUCGAGCUCAGCAGUGAAUAUGGGUUGGUAACAAUGAUGCAUAUGCUAUGCAUACUUUUGUGACAGCAAACCAGGGCUGACAUGGCUGAUAUGUUGGUGGUUCCAUAUAAAAAAUAAUGUAUGUCGACAUCUGCAUAAAUUUUAGAUAACACAUCUCAUUUACUUAUAUUCAAUUUAAGUUUGGACAAACACACUGCACAAACUAAUGUGCCGCUUUUCAAUUUAUAGAUACAUACAUAAUUUUUGGCCGAUCUUCAUUCCUAUAUAUAUCAUCGAAAAUAAUGUUCGGUCAGUCGUUACAUGUUCGUGGCAUUUAGUAAGUCCUUUAGAUGAAAGUCUGAAUCUUUACACGUGUCUGUCAUCCUUUAUUGUUAGUUGUUGCGAGAAUUGAUGGUUGCCAUUAUUGGUAAGUUAUAUUACAAUAACCUAUAAAUAAUUUAUCGUUUUUUUUUUCAUUAAAGAAAGAAUGUUUUUUUUUUAGUUAUUACUAACAUUUGAAAUAUCACAUUUGAGACUUACACUGGUUGUAGUGUAUAUUAUUUAUACUUAAACGCAAUUGUAUUGUAACUAAAUAUAUAAAAUAUUGGACUUAGUGCUAUCCUUUUUACUAUAUCCUAAUUGGAAAAGGACAACAUUAAUUUUAAAUUCUUUCAAUUUAGUUUUGCAAUUGUUAUUAUUGUUUCUAAAAAAAAACUGUUACAUCUUAGAUUUAGUGUAGGUUUGUGUUCAAACACAACGAAUAAUGAAUAUUCGGACAUUUUUAUUAUAUUAUAUUCAUAAUACACAUAUUCUUUAUUAUAUUAUAUUCCUCCUGAUUAAUAAAUAUGUUGUUCAAAAUUUUGUAGACAAUUAAAAAAUUGGUUAAUUUAUAUGUUUAGAUAUGUCAUCAGACAUCAUCUGAUUUGUCAUCAGCAAAUAUUGCAUUAUUAAACAAUUAAUUAUAAAUACCAUUGAAUACCAUUCAUAUUAGCAUUUUGUUUGUAGCAACAACUACUUAUUAACUUGAUAUUUAUUAUUAUAUAUUAUGUACAACAUAUUGUGUACUCUUGCCUGCUUCCGAGUUACCUACGCGUACUAUGAGUACUUAUUAUUUUUUACAUUUUACAAAUUAAAACUUGAUAAUCAAGUUUAACAAUGUACUUGACCCUAGAAACAUGCUUUAAAAUAGACCACCUGAAAAUCCAGUUUUUCAUUGGUUUUGUUAUACUGAGGCCAUAUUCAUGGGAUUUGUAAGUGUGAUUUCUUUUAGUUUUUAAAUUAAAGGCUGCAAAUGUCUGACAAAAUUGUGUACAUCAAAUAUUUGAAAAUGGUAAAGGACAAGAAAAAUUUCAAUCCAUUUUGUUGUUUAGUUUAAUUUUCCUACAAUCUGCAUAAUAUGUUUUUCCAUAAAAUGUUAAAACUCAUUAUUCCAAUAAUUCUGUAUGUGUAUGUAGUCACAAGUAGAAACAUAAAAUGCAUGAAAUUUGGCAUAUCAUACAAUAUUUUAUAUUCAGUCAAGGGAUUUUACAGCAUCUCCAAGAAUAAUUAAAGUCUAUAUUUGCAUAGCGUAUUUCAGUUAGGAUGGACACAGCAAAUUUCUUUUUUUUUUUUAAAUAAUCUAUUACACUCUGAAAGUCUGGCCACAGUGUUACAAACAGUUUAUUUUGUGAAUCAUUUAUUUAUUAUUUAUAGUACACAAUAGACAAGGGCGAGAGACAUAAACGUGUCAAUUGGACAAUGUAUAAAAUAUUAAUAUUAGAUUUAAUGUUAAAUGUUAAGGAAUAAACCUGGAUAAAUAUUAUUAUUUUUU